AUGAAGUUCACCGCCAUUCUUUCACUCUUUGCCGCUUCAUCGGCCGCUUUCCCUACACCUUCUGACGUUGAAGUCCGCCAGGCUGGAAGUGUUACUCGCAACGAUCUUUCCAACGGCGCUGCUUCCUCAUGCCCUCCUGUCAUCUUCAUCUACGCUCGGGGUUCCACUGAGAGUGGAAACUUGGGAACACUUGGACCUCGAGUUGCCACUGUUCUUGAGAGCCGCUAUGGCAGUAAUGGAGUCUGGAUCCAGGGUGUCGGCGGGGCAUACCUCGCUACCCUUGGGGAUAAUGCUCUCCCCCGAGGAACCUCCGCAGCAGCUAUCAGGGAAAUGAUUGGUCUCUUCAACCUUGCCAACACAAAGUGCCCUUCGGCCAAGAUUGUUGCCGGAGGCUACAGCCAGGGCGCCGCGCUUGCAGCCGCCAGCAUCGAAGAUCUCAGCACCAGCGUUCGCAACAAGGUAGUUGGAACAGUCCUCUUCGGGUACACCAAGAACUUGCAAAACCUGGGUCGCAUUCCCAACUACCCGACAGAGCGCACUAAGGUUUUCUGCAACGUCGGCGACUUGGUCUGCACUGGUUCACUCAUCGUGGCUGCUCCCCAUCUGCUUUACCAGUCUGAUGCUUCUGGACCUGCUCCCGAGUUCCUCAUCCAGCGUGUUGCCGCGACUAACUAA